CGAUUUUCAGCGAAGGAGGUGCCGUUCUCUGCGCCACCCCGCCGGCCUGCUCUCCAAUGCUACGUGCCCUGCCCGGCGCGCUGCGCCUCCCGCGCCCCUGGAUGUCCCCGGGGACCCGCGGCUGCGCUGCCCACGCGUCGACCAAGACACCCGAAAUCCAAGUGCAGGCGCUGACAGGUCCCAACCAAGGAAUCACUGAGAUUCUGAUGAACAGACCUCAUGCCCGAAAUGCCUUGGGGAACGUCUUUGUCAGCGAGUUGCUGGAAGCCCUGGCCCAGCUUCGGGAAGACCAGCAAGUCCGAGUCCUGCUCUUCAGAAGUGCAGUGAAGGGCGUGUUCUGUGCAGGUGCAGACCUGAAGGAACGGGAGCGGAUGAGUGCAGCGGAGGUGGGGACCUUUGUCCAGCGGCUCCGAGGCCUGAUGAGUGAGAUCGCAGCCUUCCCGGCACCCACCAUUGCGGCCAUGGAUGGGUUUGCCUUAGGCGGCGGCUUGGAGCUUGCCCUUGCCUGUGACCUCCGCAUAGCAGCUUCCUCCGCUGUCAUGGGGCUCAUUGAGACCACUCGAGGACUUCUCCCAGGAGCCGGAGGGACUCAGAGGCUGCCCCGCUGCCUGGGCGUGGCCCUAGCGAAGGAGCUCAUCUUCACAGGCCGGAGACUGAAUGGGGUACAAGCCCAUGAGUUGGGCCUGGUAAAUCAUGCUGUGGCUCAGAAUGAGGAGGGUGAUGCUGCCUACCACAGGGCACUGGCACUGGCACAGGAGAUCCUGCCCCAGGCUCCCAUUGCUGUGCACCUGGGCAAAGUUGCCAUCGACAGAGGAAUGGAGGUGGACAUCGCAUCAGGGAUGGCCAUUGAACAUAUGUGCUAUGCCCAGAACAUCCCAACCCAGGACCGGCUGGAAGGGAUGGCAGCCUUCAGGGAGAAACGACCUCCCAAAUUUGUGGGCAAGUAACCCAGCUAACUUUAAGCACACACCAUAAAGCCUUGGAUCCAGAGGAGAAGUUUGCAGCAGGCUCUUCAGUUUCUUCACAAGAACACUGUGAUUGGCGUGGUACCUAGAACCAAGGUGCUGACCAUGAUAACCACUGCCACCUUCCAUAUUGCUCACCUUGGCUAGUCACUGGGAUCCAGGGCUGCCUGGUUCUCUACACUCAAGCAAAUUUUGGGUCUGUGUCAUUAGCUCUGAUCACAGUGGAUGGAACAGUGAAGGUCACCUUCACUUCCUCUCACAGAAUAAAUCCAGCCAGGUUUAUCUGACUUAAGUGUCAGGAGCCGGAUUCCAGCUCUCUGUAGAUGACUCAGGGAAUUCUGGACAAACCAUUUAACCUCUCAGCUUUUAUAUCUGGAAAUUAUCAUUUGUGAUGAUAAUCCCUGUGUUAAAUAAACAGGCUGCAACUGUUAGCUUGUA